UCACAUCGCCCGCUGCAAACUUUGCGUGGCUCCAAGCACACUCGACCCACGGUCGAGCAGCUCAACCAUUUUACUGAUGGACGUCGGAUGAGGGUGCUGAGUGCCUCCAGGCUUCACUAUGAGCUCAUCCACCGUUUCUGUUUCGGCUGCAACGCCAACGCAACAUCCUUUCCAGAGGAAGAUCGAUGAUGUCAAGCCGUCCAAGACGGACAUCAACUUUGUCAUCAUGGACUAUUUGGUCAGCGAGGGCUAUCCGAGUGCUGCUGAAAAGUUCGCCAAGGAAGCAAACAUUCAGCUACCUCUCGAUGAGGAGUCCAUCCAGUCCCGCGUAGAGAUACGACGGGCUAUUCAUGCUGGAGAUAUUGAUUCCGCUAUCACUAAGAUCAACGAUCUUAACCCCCAGAUCCUCGAUACCGAUCCAGCCCUACACUUUGCACUGCUCCGUCUACAGCUCAUCGAGCUUAUUCGGACAUGCACCUCGUCGGUCACCUCUGACAUCACACCUGCGCUCAACUUUGCCUCGUCACAACUCGCGCCGCGUGCGGCCACAAACCCCGACUUUUUAAGGGAUCUCGAGCUCACCAUGUCUCUGCUCAUCUUUCUUCCUGCGACGACUGGUACGCUGCAAAGGGAGCUAGUUGAACUUCUAGAACCUUCGCUCCGGCGAAACGUUGCGAGUAAGGUGAAUGAGGCAAUACUCACCAGUAUGGGUGCUCGUGGAGAGGCGCGGAUGAGGAGUCUGGUUCGGUUACGACAGUGGGCUGAGACAAAGGCCCGUGCUGCCGGAAAGGAUCUUCCCCUCUUACCACAUGGCCUAGAUGCUGAGCGGCCUGCUGAGAAUGGGAAUAAUGGCGAGGCAGCUGACGUCAUGGUCCAGUAGUGUAGCCCGCUGUGGUAGGCAUCCCUAGAUUGGACGCCAUCCUGCGGCUAUCUGUAGGCACAUAGCAUUAUGAUGUGCAAUUUUAUGACUAUGUUAUCAUGCACUGAAGAUGUUUUGGGUGCGCCAAUCAUGUGCUUUUUCUCGUCUUAAUUAUGGCUCUUGGAGGGAUACAGUGCAUCAACUAUGAUUAACUCUUCUCGUCUUGAUAGUAUGCCUUGGAUGUAUACAGUGUAUUAACCAUG